CUUUUACGAACAUCUUCAUACAAACAAGAAAUUAGACACAUAAACAGUAAGCUGCUGUUUUCUUUGUCGUGUUUGCAUAUUGUGAGGAUUUAACUGAGUUGUGUAAAUUCAGCUGGUUGGAGAAACGUUUACUCACAACAAAAUGUCUCUGGAUAAAGACGAAACCCAGCAGAGGUUGAAGGCAGCUGUGCAUUACACUGUGGGCAGACUGUGUCAGAAGAUCGGAGAAGACAAUCACAGGGAGUUCAGUCGACAUGUCAUAGCAGCCAUAGCAGAGACAACUUUCAGGCAGUGUGAUAUAUUUGCCAAAGACUUGGAGGCUUUUGCAAGGCAUGCAAAAAGAAGCACUGUGUCUACAGAUGAUGUAAAACUUGUAGCUCGUCGCAGUACUGCACUGUCCAUCUACAUACAAAAUAAAAGUGAAGAACUGAACCAGGAGCAGAGGGAUUUGAAAAAGAAGAGCACUGGGAAGAGGAAGAGUAGAGACACUGAGGAGGAGAGCAGAGAAUAAAAACACAGGCAGGCCUGCAGUGUCUCACCUAAUGCCCAACAUUGAGAUAGACAAAGGCUUCUACACAACAAUGAAUCAAAUGUCUAAGUGCCACAGUGAUUCUGCUGCAUUAAUAAUGCAGAGACCUUAGUUCCAGUUACUGUAUGCGGGGACACAUAGCAUAAGCUACAGUAAAGUAGAUUUGUAUAUACUGCAAAUUUCAGCACAAAAUACCUGCCUUUGGAUCUAAAAAUGUAAAUGCUGAAUUACAGUACAGUUGGUAAAGAUUUGGUGAAAAGAAAAUAAAGUAGAUUUGAUAACACUAGUUCAGGGGCACUGACUCUGAAGUAGAUUUUAACUGUAAGAAGGGAGUGAGAAAUUACCUACUGUAUGACCUGUCAAAAUCUACAGAUAUUUAAAAAUAUGGGAACACCUAGCAUACAUGGUCAGGCAAUACCUAGGGUGUAUAAAGCAUCUUAAAACCUCAGUCAACAAUCCAAGACUCAGCAAUAUGCCAUCAGUUGUUGUAAUAGCCAAAUAAAGGACAAAACUGUUGGAAGAGAUGAUGCCAUAUUGCCAAGUUCAUCAAGAUUGAAAUCAAAACAAACACCUGCACAAGGACUUACACCUGGUGUCAAUCAAAAGGGAUCAUUUACUCCGACAAGCUAUCAAAAGCAGCAAAAAGACAGGUACUACCCCAUGUCAUGUCUGAGAAGGCCACACACUGUAAGUGUUGGAACUUCCAUCUUCGUCCUUCAGAACAGACUUCAGUCAGGGUUCAAACGGAGACCUCGACCAGCAGAGCCCAAGGUCCCUAGAUAUGUGAAUCGAAUUAGAUUGUUUUUUUAUUUGACAAACUGACUCAAGUAAUAUCAACUAAGCAUCUAUUCAAAUGAGCUUUAUUAGAGAACUCCCUUCAUUUGACAGGUUUUGAAACACCUCAAACACCAAGAGCUACUGGGAACCAUUGGACACACCACUCCACGUUCUCACACCAUCAUUCGCGUCCCCCAGUGUCUUCAGCAGGUGUCAUCCACAUCAAUACACACUUACAGAUCAGAUCAUUAACAUGAAAGCACACACCAUACAGCAUUCAAAUCAGAUAAUAUAAGCAAUACAAAUAUUCAUCACAACAUUCCACUACAUUUUGAUAUUUCUGCACUUGUUCGACAUACUUAAAGAGUAAGGAAAAACUUGCAAAGAUAAAAAAAAAAAAAA